AUGGCUAAAGAAUGGGUUCGUGUUUCUCCCCCGAUGAUUUCUAAGAGAUGUAACACUGCGGCUUCAGUUCUAGGCGGUAAGAUCUACGUUAGAAAUCAUUCCCCUUCUCAUCAUACUGCUGAUAGUUGGAGUGAGGUUUUUGAUCCGGUCAAUAGAAAAUGGGAAACUUUACCUAAUCCUCCAAGUUAUCACCAUGAUUGUCUGAUCAUUUAUGCGGUUCUUGAGAAUCCCGACAGGAUUAUUGUAGCUUUCCGCGUACCCAAAGACACCUAUUCUGCUAUCUUCUAUGAGUACAGUGUGCAUGAUAGAUCUUGGAAAGAGCUUGCACCUGCAAGGCGAAAACUACACCCUAUGUGUCGUAGGGGCUGGCUAGAAAGACCUCUAAGUGUGAGUAAUACACUGUAUUGGGUCGAACACAAACAUGACGUAAACAUAUUGAUUGCCUAUGACUUGAAGUUGGAUGUGUGGCUAGAAGGGCGUGUUGAAGGUCUUGAAAGUUCUUGUUUACCCGACUGUGAAGUCACCGGAGGUCCUGGACUUCCUAGCUUGGUCCACCUAGAGAGGGAGAGGUUCUGCGUUUUAGAAUGUAGGCUAGAUGAUUAUCUUCAUUGUAUGGCGAUCGAUGUUUCUCGUAUGAACGAUGGGACUUUAGGAAUAUCAGUUGCUUGGAGCAUAAAUAUAAGGUGGAACCAAAGCUACGCAAGGGAAUACCCCAUGUGUUAA